AUGUCCAAGGCACCCCAGAAGGUGUUGCAGAUUGGCAACAUCAACCCCCACGUCAAGGCGGCCAAGUAUGCUGUCCGCGGUGAAUUGGCUGUAAAGUCGGAGGAGUACCGCGCGAAGCUGGCAAAGGGCGAGGGCAAGGACCUUCCCUUUGACACCGUCAUUGCCGCCAACAUUGGCAACCCCCAGCAAUUGGACCAGAAGCCCAUUACUUUCUUCAGGCAGGUUGCGAGUAUACUCGAGAACCCUGGUCUGUUGGAGCAUGAGGAUGUUCUACUCAAGAGUUUGGGAUACAAGCCGGAUGUACUGGAGCGUGCGAGGAAGCUCUUGAACGAAGUCAAGAGUGUAGGCGCAUACAGCCAGAGUCAGGGUGCACCAGGCAUUAGGCAGAGCGUUGCAGAGUACAUUGAGCGACGAGAUGGCUUCCCAGCAAAGUUCGAGGACAUCUACCUCAGCAACGGUGCCUCGUCCGGUGUAAACACUCUUCUCCACACCAUCUGCGCUAAGCCCGAGACCGGCAUCAUGGUCCCUAUCCCACAGUACCCUCUCUACACCGCGACGCUGUCCGUCCUCGACGCUCGCUGCGUACCAUACUACCUAGAUGAAGAGGCGGCAUGGGGCACCUCGCUCGAGUCGAUCCGGACUGCAUACGAAAAGGCAGUCAAGGAGGGUACCGACGUCAAGGCCAUCUGUGUCAUCAACCCAGGUAACCCCACUGGCGCAUCCCUCCCUGUCGAAGACAUCAAAUCUGUGCUCAAGUUCGCCGCCGAAAAGGGCCUCGUCGUCAUCGCCGACGAAGUCUACCAAACCAACGUCUUCAUCGGCGAGUUCAUCUCCUUCAAGAAGGCGCUACGUGAACUACAAAAGGAGACACCAGGCCAGUACGACCACAUCGAGCUUGCAUCGCUACACUCGGUCUCCAAGGGCAUGGUCGGCGAGUGCGGACACCGCGGCGGCUACUUUGAGCUCAUCGGUUUCGAUCCAGAGGUCGCACAGGAAAUAUACAAGUUCGUCUCCAUUCAGCUCUGCCCCCCUGUUCUCGGCCAGUGCAUCAUCGAGAUGAUGGUCAACCCACCCAAGGAAGGAGAGCCGAGUUACGAACUCUACAAGCAGGAGUACGAUGGCAUCUUCAACGGCUUGAAGAAGCGUGCGUAUGCUUUGUAUGAGGCGUUCAAGCAGAUGGAGGGUGUCGAGUGCAGUGAGCCACAGGGCUCCAUGUACCUCUUCCCCACCAUCCACCUCCCUGAGAAGGCCAUCGAGCAGGCUAAGAAGGAGGGUCGUGCACCAGAUGAAUUCUACUGCUUCCGCAUGCUCGAUGCCACAGGUGUUUGUGUCGUUGCUGGUACUGGGUUUGGACAAAAGGAAAACACUCUGCAUUUCAGGACUACGUUCUUGGCUCCAGGCACGGACUGGACAGGCAGGAUUGUCAAGUUUCAUGAGGAGUUUAUGAAGGAGUUUAAGUAG